AUGGCGUCUGGGGCCCUCUUCCCCAGCCUGGUGUCCGGCUCUCGGGGCUCGUCCAGUAAAUACCUGGUGGAGUUCAGAGCGGGGAAGAUGUCGAUGAAGGGCAGCACGGUGACGCCCGACAAACGGAAAGGACAAGUGUACGUGCAGCAGACGGACGACUCGCUCAUCCACUUCUGCUGGAAGGACCGCACCACGGGGAACGUGGACGACGACCUGAUAAUUUUCCCUGAUGACUGUGAGUUCAAAAGAGUGAGCCAGUGCACCACAGGACGAGUGUACGUGCUCAAGUUUAAAGCUGGAUCUAAGAGACUGUUCUUUUGGAUGCAGGAGCCCAAGACAGACAAGGAUGAGGAGUUCUGCCGUAAAGUGAAUGAAUAUUUGAAUAAUCCUCCAAUACCCGGAGCUCUGGGCAGUGGUGGAGGAGGAGGACACGACCUUUCUGCUCUGGGAGGAGAGGGCGGCCUGCAAAGCCUGCUGGGAAACAUGAGCCACAAUCAGCUCAUGCAGCUUAUUGGACCCACUGGACUCGGAGGCAUCGGGGGUCUCGGGGCGUUAGCCGGUCCAGGACUGGCCAACCUCCUCGGGGGCAGCAGCAGCAGCAGCAGCAGCAGUGUUCCAGCAGCCAGUAACUCCUCCACCAGCCCCUCCACGGCGGUGACUCCGACCUCCAGCUCCAGUGUGAGUCGUCUGGGAUCUUCUCAGGUGCCCACCACACCAAUCACCCCCUCUGCAGCCACGGCCUCCUCCCCCCCAGCCUCCUCCCCCUCCACGCCCGCUGUCCCCCCUCUCUCUGCAACCCCCAGCACUCAGCCCAUCCAGCUGCGGGACCUGCAGAGCAUCCUGGCCACCAUGAACGUGCCCGCGUCUGCACAGGGAGUGGACUUGGCCAGUGUUCUGACCCCUGAGGUGAUGGCGCCGAUCCUGGUCGACCCGGAGGUGCAACAGAGGCUGCUGCCGUACCUGCCCAGCGGCGAAUCGCUGCCACAAAGCCCUGAGGAGCUCCACAACACAGUCACAUCUCCACAGUUUCAGCAGGCCUUGAGCUUGUUCAGCAGUGCUCUGGCGUCGGGGCAGCUGGGGCCUUUGAUGAAUCAGUUCGGUUUGCCCCCGGAGGCCGUGGACGCAGCGAACAAAGGAGACCUGGAGGCGUUUGCAAAAGCGAUGGAAACCGAAACCAAGUCGGACCUGGAGGGAUUCAAGGACAAGAAAGACGACGAUGAAGACAUGAGUUUGGAUUAG